AUGUCUUCCGAAAACCAGCAUGACGAGGAUGCUUACAUCCAAGCCGAUGAAGCUGAAGAGAUCUUCCAGCGUGACGAAGAUCACCCCAUGGAGUCCGACGGCGAAGACGAAGACCAGAAUAUGACCUACGAGGAAGAACUUACUUUCCAAAACGACUCAUCCGCACACUUCGACUCACACAAUGACUCUGUAUUCUGCAUCGGACAGCACCCAGUGCACCACAACAUCGUUCUCACCGGCGCUGGUGAUGACACAGGUUUCAUUUUUGACUCGACUCCGGCCGAGCGUCCCGUCCUUCCUGCGAGCUACGAAACAAACCCCCAGCCGCGCGAACGCGAGUCCCUAAAACCCCUUGCAAAGUUAGAUGGUCACUCGGAUACAGUCAAUGCGGUCGCUUUCACUGAGCCCGCCGGUGAAUACGCAAUAACUGCCGGUUUGGACGGAAAGCUGCGCGCAUGGCGUGAUUCUACCCCCGAUAAGACUGGCUUUGCCUGGGAGUUUGUCGCUGAGGCCCGGGAAGUUGAAGAGAUCAACUGGUUGUCCGUCUGUCCUUACCAGCAGGGCCGUGAGGAGACACGCAACGUCAUUGCGUUGGGAGCCAACGACGGUUCCGUUUGGGUCUUCCGCAUCGACGCUACUGAUGCUCAGCCUAUCUCUAUCAUUCAGUCCUUUUUCCAGCACACUGAGUCCUGUACCGCCGGUGCCUGGACACCCGAUGGAAACAUGCUUGCGACUGUCUCGGAGGAGGGAAGCUUUUAUGUCUAUGACGUGUUUGGUGCUGCUGCCGCUGCCGGUGUCUCCGUAACGCCCGGCACCAAUACCAUCAUUGGGUUAACAGCCGAGGACCAGCGUUUUGCCGUUGAAGGUGGUCUCUACUCCGUUACCGUCUCCCCUGGUGGCGGUAUUGCGGCCGUUGGUGGUGCAGAGGGCCACAUUAGAAUCAUUGGUCUUCCACGACUCGCGGCUGCUGGACAAGCUGGAAAGGGCAAGGGCGCAGGUGCUCAGUCAACCACAGCUUCUGCUGCGGGUACUAUUCUUGCUGCGCUGCAGGCUCAGUCCGAUGGCAUUGAGACUUUGUCUUUUUCCCAACCUCCUCUUACUCUUCUGGCUGCUGGAUCUGUUGAUGGAUCCAUUGCUCUUUACGAUGCUGCCCAUCGCUUUGCUGUUCGUCGCCACAUUAAGGAGGCUCAUGAGGGCAGCCCCGUCGUCAAGGUUGAGUUCUUGCAGAGCCGUACUCCGGCUGUCGCACCUCGUGCUGCAAACGCGCCUGCCCAGGGACAAACAUGGAUGCUGACCUCUGUGGGUCUGGAUGGCGUUGUUCGUCGGUGGGACUCUCGUGGUGGUACAGCCGCCGCGGCCCACGGUCUGCUGAGAGAGUGGAAGGGACACAUGGCUGUAACUGAAAAUGAAGAUGGUGAACAGUCUGGUGGUAUUAUGGGAUUUGUCCAGGGAUUUGAUGGCAAGCGCAUAGUCACAGCUGGUGAUGAUGGAAUUUCGUUGGUCUUUGAGGACCAGUAA